AUGCAGAGGGCGCGCCCCGCUCUCUGGGCCGCGGCGCUGGCCGCGCUGGCCCUGCUCGGCGGCUCUCCGGGGGCGCGGGCUGGGGCGGGCGCGGCGGGCGCGGGGCCCGUGGUGCGCUGCGAGCCGUGCGAUGCGCGCGCGCUGGCCCAGUGCCCGCCGCCGCCCGCCGCGUCCGCGUGCGCCGAGCUGGUGCGCGAGCCGGGCUGCGGCUGCUGCCUGACGUGCGCCCUGCGCCGGGGCCAGCCGUGCGGCGUCUACACGGAGCGCUGCGGCGCCGGCCUGCGCUGCCAACCGCCGCCCGGGGAGCCGCGCCCGCUGCAGGCGCUGCUGGACGGCCGCGGGGUCUGUGCCAACGGCAGCGCCGCCGGCCGUGCGCGCGACCCCCUGCAGCCCGCGCCAGGGGCGCCGUCCGCGCCAGGAAAUGGCAGUGAGUCUGAGGAAAGCCUCGGUGCCGGAAGCACGGAGAGCCAGGCCCUGCCCAGCACUCCCUAUGCGCCUGACUCUAAAUCCCACCCUGCUCACACGAAAAUGGAUGUGCUCAGGAAGGAGCACACCAAGGACAGCCAGCGCCACAAGGUGGACUACGAAUCUCAGAGCACAGACACCCAGAACUUCUCCUCUGAGUCCAAGAAGGAGACAGACUAUGGCCCCUGCCGUCGGGAAAUGGAGGACAUGCUGAAUCACCUCAAGUUCAUGCACAUGCUCAGCCCGAGGGCGGUCCACAUCCCCAACUGUGACAAGAAAGGCUUCUACAAAAAGAAACAGUGCCGCCCCUCCAAAGGCCGGAAGCGGGGCUUCUGCUGGUGUGUGGACAAGUAUGGGCAGCCCCUCCCAGGCUACGACACAAAAGGCAAGGGCGAUGUCCAAUGCUACCACCUGGAAAGCAAGUAGACUCUGCUGCAGCCAUUUCACGUGGGAUCAAAUACGCCUUAUUUUGCACAAGCAACUGCCAAGUACAUGACCAGCAGCUGGCUACAGCCUUGAUUUCUGUUUCUUUCUGUGGAGAAUUGACUUUUUCAAAACCAAAGUUUAGAGAAACAUGUUUGAAGUGCCUAGGGUUCUUUUAUAUUUGAGCCUCUUUACGCUUUCCAGUAGUCAGUGAAACAGUCAGAAUUUUUCUUAUCACUUUCUCUAAAACUCCUUGUCAGCCCCAGGUAGCUGAUAAGCCUCAUGCCCCCACAGUGACACCUCUGGCCUGUGUCCUGACAGCAGCUCCAUCCACUCCAGUGGCCGACUGUGGCUUCCCAGCCAGCCUGACCAGGCAACAGGCAGGAUCCCGGCACUCCUGGUACCUGAACUCCCCAACCAGUCCCCAGCAGCAAAGGUCAGCUGAUGACCAGCAAGAUACUUGAUCUUCUGAGAUGGCCGGGAUUGGGCCAUAAUUGGAGCAAGAAUAAGGUCGAAUCUCGCUCAAUAGCAAAAAGAACCCAGAAUGUUCCUGAGACAUAGUCAAGGCCCUUUGCAGGGCCCCCAGGGUGGGAGGGGUCAGGGCAAGGCACACAGAGCCCUUCAUUCUCACAGGCAUUCUGGACAAUAAAAACAAUGUAAGAAAUCAGAAUUGUCUUGAGAGGGAAGAGGCUUGUUGGGGGCCGGUGGGGCACGCAGAGACUGGCUGUGCUGGUGGCUUUGGGGUCAGCCAUUCUGGUUUUAUCUUCUGAUUCACACAUAUAUACUGAGAGAGCGCAUUCUUCAUUGACAUUGUACACAUCAUAGUCCAAUAUCAUAGGAUCUAUAUUAGCUAAUCCUAGAUGAGAUGUAGUGAUACUAGAGAAUGUAAAUACAUGUGUGACCACGGAGAGGGACGCCUGCGCUGGUGGCCAGACCCCCAGGCCCGGCCUCCUGCCUCCAGUGCAUGCGGCACUCCGCCCUUCUGAGGAGCACAGGAGGGUCUCGAAACAGUCACCUACCUAUCACCUUUUCUUUAUUUUUUUUAAGUUGGGGGGGAAAUAUUUUUGAAAAGUUUGUCUUGCAGUGUAUUUAUAAAUAGUAAAUAAAAGUUUUUAC